UAUGACGUGAAUUUUUUGAAUCGGAAUUGUUAAAAAUACUUGUACUGCACUCCGGUCAGGCCCCCACAUGAUUCCUUUAGCUUUGACAAACUGUGUGAGGGGACAAACUAAAAGACAACAAUGACAGAAGGUGAUUCUACAAUAUAUCCACGAAAACGCUUCCUGGUAUAUUUUGGAUCUAUUUUAGUUUGUCUUGGUUUUCGAUGGUAUGGCUAUUCAUCAAGGGCAUUAAAAGAAAUUCGACAACAACUGAGUAAUGGAUUUGCUGAUCCUCUUAUUCACGCAACCAAUGCUUCUCUAAAUGAUGAUACAUUCUGUCCAUCGGUGUUGAUAGAGGCCGGGGCUGAAUCAUUGUCGUCAAGUCAUGUAUGGAAUAAACUUGAACACCAAAUUUUGAAUGCAUCAUAUGGUGUACUUCCAAGGUUCCAAUCGCUUGACAAUACAAUGGUCAGAGAAUAUACGGGGUGGGUAGGUUCAAUGUUUUCGUUUUACACCGCAUCCAGACUUCGUCGUUCUGUGAUGAACCCGGCACCUCCAGAAGAAAUAAUCCAGCUUUUAAAAUUGGCGUUGGAAAUCAAACACCAUAAUGCACUGGCGUCUGACGAAAACAGGCGUUCACUUCGCAUUCUUGUGCUUGGUGGAUCUGUGACGGCUGGAAUUGGAUGCUAUUGGCCUGAUAAUUUGGGUGUGCCGCCUGCAAAACACUGGUCUAUUCCUGGAGAAAACUGCGUAUGGUCGUACUUUCUAGAAAGGCUUUUGAAUCAAGUUAUAUUUGAGGGCAAAGAUAUUGUGAAGAUUGACAACAUCGCAAGUGGUGGAAUAUCAUCAGAGUUCGGAGCCUUGGCACUCGAGUAUCAGCUUUUUCCCGAUCCCGAUAGAGUGCCAGACGUUGUGAUCUAUGCCUUCUCUGCAAACGAUGCACAAGAACCCAAUCCCAAAGCAGUGUUUUAUGAAUAUCUUCAGAACUUUGUGGCGGCAGCACACUGGCUUAAUCCGUGUGACAACCAUGCCCCACUUGUGAUAUUGCUUGAUGAUUUUUAUGCUGAUGUCCCUCCCUCUGUUGCUCUUCAGCAAACGGGAAAUAUCUACAUGCUCUCUCACUGGAACAAUCUGAUGGCCGUGGACUACUCCAGUACCGUGGGAUCCAAGGUCAUAGUGGAGGAUUUAGCAUGGGCUCCACUACUAUCUUCAAACGUUCAAAUGCACAGCGGAGUAGGCAUGCACAUGGGAAUCGCUUGGACAAUAUUGUACAAUUUACUGGAUUCCAUGGUUAACGUCUGUAACGAUGUUGGGCUUCAAACGAUAAGGCCAGAUCGAAUCACAGAAAAUAAAGCGAAUGCUUCCAAAAACAUUCUUCCUCGCGAACAUGAUGACCAUAAUGCUUUGACAAUUGACCCACGCAUUUCGUCUAACCUGGAGAAGGGAGAGCCGCCCAUGCAACACUUUGGAAAGGUCCGUGAAAUGGUGAAAGAUGCGAGUUACGUGCGACUGCAACUCGAAGAAAAUGUGAACCGGACAAAGGAAGUUUGCAGUGAAUUGAGCGCAAAAGGGAAAGAAAAAUCUCCGUUGAGGUGCUCGUGGUCGUGGUUUUUCAACAAGUCUACUAAUUUUGUGCAUAGUGCUCAAGUACGGAACAAAAUGAACGAAGUUCUGUUGUUCAACAAUGGUUGGGCGGCAGAGGGUCGUCCGGUAGCACAACCCCGCUCGGGCUGGUACAGUCACAGCCCAAAUUCCGAGUUCGCUAUGAAAAUCGAAAACAUCGCAGCCGACUUGAAUUUCGUCGUGAUGUUGACAAUGAAAUCCUAUUCUUCCAAAUGGGUGGGUUCAAAACUUGCCGUCUCAACCAUGGUCGUGAAAAAUUCUACCACUCCGGAUGCGGUCACGAACCAAGCGUCUCCGGUGGACUGGGACAACGACGAUUCCCUUUUUUACAUCGAUGGUUUCCACGAAAUCAAGACAAGUGUACAUUUUCCCCACAAAGUACCGAUCCGAGGAGGUGCAAGCCCGGGCGAUUCCGUCAUUGUAUACGCCAAGCUCGUGGGUGGAUCGGAAUUCAAGUUCGCUGGCAUGGCAUUCUGUGCGUACUAACACAACUUCUUUCUGCAACCGGGUACGGAGACAACCCCCAACGCCCGCCAUCCGGGUGCGAUGCCGCCGUUUGCGAACGCCCGCAGUCCGAUCGAUCGAUCGUUUCGGCGGAUCCGCAUCCGUUUCGAACCCCGCAACCCCGGCCGGAACACCAAAGCACCUCUCCACACCGGCGGAUCAUUUCUGCGUCCCGUGUGCUUUGCGAGCGGCACUGGUGCUCGUAUCUUACUGUAUAGUUUACUGUAUA